AUGGCUCAGACAGGCACGCUGAAGAAGUUUUUUCCCGAGAAGGGCAUAGGCUACAUAUCUCCUGAUGAUGGAAGUGAAGAUGUCUUCAUUCAUUUCCAGGCAGUCACCAACGGCGGCGAGGGCGACAUGAUCCCCGGAGCAAGGAUGAGCUACGACCUGGAGAUUAAUGACCGGAAUGGCAAGACGAAGGCAGUUCGAGUGACCAUCGACGCACCCGGCGACCCCAGCAAAGGAGGCGGUGGCAAAGGUGGCUACGGGAAAUCCUAUGGAGGUUAUGGCAAGGCUCCAACUGGAGGAAAGGGUCACGGGGCCGGACCCUACGAUGGGGGAAAGGGCGGUGCCCCCAACAUUGACAUGAACGCGAUCUGGGCCGCGUUGUAUGCACAGGCCGCGGCACUUGGAGGAAUGGGAGGGGGAACAGACGUCGGGGUUCAGGACAUUCGGGUUCCCUUGUCAGCUAUGUGGCCGACCUGGCGUGGGCGUGUCGUCGGAGGGGGGGGUUCAACGGUUCGGUGUUUCCUGGCUUCUCGCAGCAUGGCCAUGGUGGACUUUUGUCCGCCAAAGGCCAUGGAGGUUCCCAGUGCAGUGCCUGGCGAGUUUCACUGUGCUGCAUCUGGUGAGACCUUCAGCACCGCCGCGGAGCUUCGCGCGCACUACAAGUCCGAGCGAUAUGUGUACAACAUGAAGCGAAAGCUGAACGGUUUGAAGCCCAUUUCGCAAGAAGCUUGGGAGCGGAAGCUUCGAGAACGAGAGGGUGGCGAGAACACCAAAGGAACCGCACAUCUGAAAGCGGGAAAGGUACACCGCAAGCCAGCAGAAGGGCCGACAGCUGCAGGCUACCCGGCCGACUCGGUGAGUCCAGCUGUGGCCAAAGAAGAAGAGGAGGUGCCCGCGACCUUCUCUCCUCUCCAAUGUCUCUUUGACCGUCGACACUUCAAGUCGGUAGAGGAUAACUUGGCUUACAUGUGGAAGACCUACAGCUUCUUCAUCCCUGACCGGGAGUACUGCGUCAACGUAGAGGGCCUGCUGGAGCAUCUGUGGAAGAAGAUCAACGAAGACUUCACCUGCAUCUUCUGCAACCGCAGAUUUCCAGAUGCUGCCAGCACUCGUCGACACAUGCGGGACAAGGCGCACACCAGGAUCGGCACCGAAGCACGAACUCGGCGAGGCAAUCGUGACGAGCUCGGCUCACAGGAGUUAGAAGCGGAGCUGGAGACGUUCUAUGAUUUCACCGGUUCCACCCGUGAGAUUACGGAGCGAAUCACGGACCCCGAGCAAAGAGCGGCGUCUGUUUUCCGCUUUUUCGACGAAGAUCGAGACGGCUACCUCAACUACGAGGAGCUGUCCGAGCUGUGGAAGGCUACUUCCACGACGGAGGGCGGCGAGCUCUCAGCAUCGAUGUUCAAAGCUGCCUGCCAGCAGGCAAACGCAGACCCCAGGCAAGGUCUUAGCGUGGAGGCACUGGGUCAGCUCUAUGCCGAAGGCUUUGCUGACCUCGAGCGUCACUUUGCCAUACUCGAGGAGCUGCUCGCCAAAAAGCUCUCCUCCAGGAAGGCAGUCCUCCAAGCGAAGAGAAUCAAGCAGGAGGCCUCCAAGGAGUUGGAGCAGGAGGAUGACGAGGCUGAGGACUCCGAGGAGGAGGAUGAUGAUAGCGAGGAUGACGAUAGUUCUGGAACUGAGAUCGUCGAGUGUGACGACGAGGCAGAAUUUGAGGAGGUCAUGCGAAUUCUGGGGCUGCAGCAGGCGACGGUUCUCGACAACGGUGACUUGAGGUUGCCAAACGGUAUGGUUGCAGGCAACAGGGACGUUGCUCAUAUUUGGCGGCAAAGAGGAACCCGAAACGGCCAGCUUGUCGCUAGCGGAGGCCGGCUUGGUGGCAAGAGUGUGAGGGCCCAUCUCAUGCUGGCCAACGAUGCUGCCGGCAAGGUUGAACUGACUCGAAGGCAAAGGCAGCGAGAAGGCAAGCGAGUCAUUGCCGUCUUGCGCGAGCAGCAGAAGCAGGAGAUGAGACUUGGCAUGCAGAUGAACACCGCGUUGAAAGGAAAGCCGAAGAAGUUCCGGACGCUGAUGGGCGAUGCUUCAGGCUGCGGACUGGGCGGACGCGACCUGGAGGACAUCCAGGGCUUCGGCUUCAUGCUGUCCUUCCUCUCCGCCGAUGGUUCAAGCAAUGCAGCUUUUCAGGAGGGUCAGUUCGAGUUGCAUAUCCUCGCCAUCAGCACUUACUGA